AUGCUAGACCGCCGUGACACUCGACUCCAGAACAUGCCACCAGAGGCAACGUCCCAAGAUACCCUCACGCUCGCAGGCGUAUUGGCAAGUGCGCCGAUUCCAGAAAACUCAGAUGUGAGUAUAGAUGAGGGUGGGCAGCUGUCACCUCGUGUAGGAAGUGGGCGCAAGGCGGCCGCUUCGUUGCAGCUGUUCAUGGCAACGCAAACGCCACAGCUUGCUCCUACGCAAUUGGAGCCUGUGCUAGAUCCAGUGCAAGAUUCAGCUUCUAGUGAAGUGGUUGAACCAGCGCAUGACCCCUCUCCAUCGACAAAUGUCGCGCCAGCGAAGCCCCUUCGACCUCAAACCUUGUUGCAGCACUCAUCAGACUCACUAAGGCGUGGAGAAUCUGUAUCUCCAGAUGUUCUGACGUAUUCUACAAUGUAUGAUAAUGAUGAUGACCAAAGCAGAACUGCUGACAUGUGCGACUCCAACUCAGAGUCUUCCUCAGACGAAAGUGAUACGGCCAGCGAACAGGAGACGGAGGCGGAGAGAGGACCGCCAUCGGACUUUCGAAAAGUACCGGAGGGAUAUGGAAGUUAUGCCAAUCCAAUAACGAUUCAAUCACCGCAUCUUAGUGCCGAGCCGAGUGUGCAUGUACCGCAUACUGUGCGUCGACACCAUCAUCACCACGUACAAGAUUCAAGUGAGCCGCCGCCCAGUGUAGUGCAGUUGCAACCCUUUAAUCACCAGGUCGGUGGGCACAGUCAUAUCUUCCAGUUUUCGCGCCGCGCCGUGUGUAAGCCAUUAACAUCGCGUGAAAACCAGUUCUAUGAGGCAUUAGAACGUGACCAUCCGGAUAUGUUGGCGUUUGUGCCUCAGUACUUGGGUGUAUUGAAUGUAACGUAUCGACAUGUGCAUCGUGAAGAAGCAAGGAACGCACAGACCGAAGAAGAACCCCGUCGCAAGGUAUUCCAAGGCCAGAGUGACAAUGACCACGAGGUGCCAGAGGUGGCGAUUGAUCAAAACCAGCAUAUUAUGCCCGAUUGGCUUGUCAGGCAAUCGUGUAGGGGCAUGGAAGAGCAGGAGAUUCUCAACAAGCAACGAGAGAGCAUGAUUCUUGGGAAGGGUAGCACAUCAGUGAAUCGACGAUUGCAGGAGCAGGUCAUCCGCGAGGUAUUUCGCCAGUCCAAGUCUCGAAGUCGUGGCAAGCGAUCCGAGAGCUCCAAGUCUGGGACAGAAGAGCGACUGGCAAAAUCGUGGGAGCAUGACAGGAAAGAACGAAAGAUGCCGCCUUUCACGAGUCUGGACGAUGUGGAUAGUACGUGGAAGCAGAGCCGGGCGCGUAGUCACGGUGACUAUUCGUCCUCUCAUGAAGCGUGCCAGACUAGUUCGACGAACGUGCGCCACGAGCAGUUUAUCUUGCUUGAAGAUUUGACGGGAGGACUCAAGGCCCCAUGUGUAUUAGAUCUCAAAAUGGGUACGCGACAGUACGGUUUGGAUUCCACGGACGCCAAAAAGAAGAGUCAGACAACCAAGUGCAAUAAGACCACCAGCAGAACGCACGGCGUCCGUAUCUGCGGUAUGCAGAUGUAUGAUGCGCAGCAUGAUAAGUUUGUAUUCCAAGAUAAGUAUUAUGGCCGGAAUGUCAAGCCACAUGAAUUUACCUCUGUGCUAGAGUCCUUUUUCCACAAUGGCUACCAAGUGCUUGUGCACCAUAUACCACCGCUUGUGGAGAAGCUGCAUUGCUUAGCACGCCAUGCAUGCAAGCUCGUCGGCUAUCGAUUUUACGCAAGCAGUUUGCUGCUCAUUUACGACGGGGAUAUUCGCCGUCAAAACACACUAUUGCAGGGUUUCGAAGCAGAUGUCUUGCAAGGGGCUCGGCGUCCAUCAGCGCAGUCAGAUGCGAACACGGAACAUUCAGAGUCGUUUCCGCAAAUGACGCCUGGAUCAGAGGCCAGCACAGUCAUCACCUCACCGCCCUUCGCGCCCUCCAGCGUUUCAUCUACUGCCAUCACGCUUCCAUCACCAGUCAUUUCUGAGCAUGCUUCUCCCAAAGAAGAUGCGCAACCUCAAGGGCGGCGAUUCUGGCGCCGUGGUAACAUGAAUAUCCGUAUCAUUGAUUUCGCACACUGCACUACUGGUCGAGACUUUUACUUCCCAGAAGACCAUGACGGCAGACUCCCUCAGCUCCCCGAAGAAAAGUGCUUGCCCAUUUCGCGCCAUUCACCUGCACACCGUGACAAGCCGGAUGUUGGGUACUUGUGGGGACUGCGGUGCUUGGCGCUGGCCCUACAGGAGAUUUGGGAUAGGGAGCGCCGUCGCCGCUUAGAUGCCGCACACGCAGCGUCUGAAGAGCAGCAAAUGGAUUCUACGGAGCGUAGUCUUGCUUUGCUGAGGGCCGAUAUUGGUGCCUUGCAUGUGCCUGGAGGCGAGAUCUUCACCGAGUUGUUUGGUCCGGACGAGUCGGGUUCCUUGGCAGGGUAUAUAUCUACAUAG